UCCAUAUAGAUGCCCAUGCUCCUUUAAAUCCUGGAGUUCCCUUCGCUGUCAUCUCUCUAGAUACCACCCUGAGUAAAACUCCUCAACACACCUCAAAAAUGGAGCAAACUGUGAGAUUCCGGGUCCUCGUUGAUCAUGAGGUCAAGAAACUAACUCUCAGCACUGGAAUACCUUCAACUGUGGACGAGUUGGUAACAGCUGUCAAAGAAAGUUUUUCCAUCCCCACAGAUACAAGUCUUCAAUACAAAGAUGAAGAAUUUGAUGACUUCUUCACCCUAAACUCUACAAAUGAACUGAAAGAUAAAGACACACUUAAAGUUGUGUAUGUACCCCUAUACUUAACGCUGACACUUGUUCCCCAGGAAAGCACCCCUGAUGCUUCUGAUGUCAGCUCUUUAUGUGAAUCUGUGAGUGUCUCUGGGGACUCAGCAGAUACUGUGAUUCUGAGUCCCUCCCCCUCUGAAAGGCAGAGCCCAUGGCCUGCUGUGUUUCCCAUUCCAACUUUCUCACACAACACUGAACUUGCGUUGAGACAAGGAAAUGAGAUUUAUUUAAGAGAUGGCACCCCAAUGACCUCACCAUGUGUCAAAUCAGACAUCCUAGAGCGCCUGGCUGAGGCUAUGUUUACCUACACAGCUUACCCAAAUGAUGCCCAGAGAUCUGCGGUGGCACAGGCACUAGUAGAGAAGCAUCCCUGCUUGAAGGAGCCCGGAUCUUUUAAUGGAACUUAUGCGUGGCAGCAAAGCCUGAAGUACAAAUGUGGAAACUAUCGGACAAAACGGAAAGCACUGGGAAGCCCUGAACUCCUAGUAAACUCACUGAGUCACAAGUCAGAGGAUGAGCGAAAAGCUGCUAAAAAUGUCAAGAAACCAAAGAGGGCAGAGGUGAAUUACCUGCCCUCACACCCACAUGGUGAAACAGAUGACACGCUUGAGAAUCUGAGACUUGACCUAAUUGCAGCCUGUCAGAGAAAGGACUGUGCCAGGACGAUCAAUGAUAUGAUGGCCAGAACAUACAGUUGGAGAAGACAGGAAGUGGUUUCCAAGUCUCCUGGGGUGGCAGAAUUUAAGGAAAGAUGGCCUGCCCUCUUCGACCCUUUCCAGAUUAAUGAAGAGUUCAGAAGGUGCACUGCCGUUCCACUGGAAUCCACAUUUAUGUCCCAGCUGGACAAGUACACUCCAAAGCUCCUGGAGGUCUUCAGUGCAAAAGGAGGAGUGAUUGGCCAGCGCAUCAAGAACCUGCUGAUGCAACUGAUACAGGAACCAAGUGCCUCUGCAUUGAUGAAGAGAGAUGUGACCCUGAGAUGCCUCAUAGAGUACAUGGGAGAGAGUGGAGAGGAGCUAAUCUCUGACUACAGUGGAACGGCAGAGAGCAUUGUUCACGAGGACCUGAGAAUGAGGAACGUGAGCAUCUACAUCUGUCAUGAGCCAAAUGCAGUAGGAAUCGUCAUCGAGGGAGUACCGGUUCUUACUCAUGUUGGAAACCUGGCCAGAGCGUGCUGCCUACUCCUGGGGUUGACAUAUGCACUUAAUCUUGAGUAUCCAUCCAAACUUUCAAAAACAUUUGAGGUGUUUCAAAGACUUUUUGUGGGACUCGACACACUGCGCCCAAAACCGACCCCCAAAUUCAUAACUCUGAAAAACAAGCUUCUUGCUUAGGCAGUGAGCCAUGACUGUCAGCUUGCACUUAUGAACAGCUAUGUUUUAUACACACUAAAUUUACCACUGUGAAGCUGCAACUGGUCAAAAGGUGAGAUCUGUGAGUUGUUUAUGUGAUGUACACAGUAAAAAAAGAGAACUCUGAAUGUUAUUCUGCAGCACAUAAUCUGAGGCCAUGCAUUCUCGUAUGCACUAAAUACUGAUGUUCUUGACUGUUUAUGGUGCAUCUCCUUACCACUGUUUGGAUAUGGCCCCCACUGUGAAGCUGCAACUGGUCAAAAGGUGAGAUCUGUGAGUUGUUUAUGUGAUGUACACAGUAAAAAAAAGAGAACUCUGAAUGUUAUUCUGCAGCACAUAAUCUGAGGCCAUGCAUUCUCGUAUGCACUAAAUACUGAUGUUCUUGACUGUUUAUGGUGCAUCUCCUUACCACUGUUUGGAUAUGGCCCCCACUGUGAAGCUGCAACUGGUCAAAAGGUGAGAUCUGUGAGUUGUUUAUGUGAUGUACACAGUAAAAAAAGAGAACUCUGAAUGUUAUUCUGCAGCACAUAAUCUGAGGCCAUGCAUUCUCGUAUGCACUAAAUACUGAUGUUCUUGACUGUUUAUGGUGCAUCUCCUUACCACUGUUUGGAUAUGGCCCCCACUGUGAAGCUGCAACUGGUCAAAAGGUGAGAUCUGUGAGUUGUUUAUGUGAUGUACACAGUAAAAAAAAUGUACUCAUAACUAAAAAAAGCACUAAAACUAAAAAAAGCACAUAAUAGUCUGAAGUCAUGCAUUUGUGUAUGCACUAAGUACAGAUGUUCUUGACUGUUUAUAUGGUGCAUCUCAUUGCCACUGUUUGGAUAAGUUGUUGUUUUUUAUGUACAUGGUAAACAAACAACAACAAAUACUGCUGUGAAGGCGUUCAAAUGUUUUA